AUGACCGCGAGCCCCUGGCGACGGGCCCGAGCCGAGUUGGCGGCUCUUUGGGCGUGCCUGGGAUUCGCGUUGCUGGCGCGCGGGGAAUCCCCGCCAUCCGCCACGCCGCGAGCAUCGGAUGCGCUCGCGACGGGGCCGGGAUUGGCUGGCGGGGGCGGCCGGGGGGAGUGCUUCGCGGUUGUGGAGUACGUGGCGAGCGUGGGCGACCCGUUGAAGGCCAACAAGUCGGAGCUGUUUCGCGGGGAGGUCACGGUGUUCGCAGGCAGCGACAGCGGAGAGAUCGCCAGUGGGGUCAUCCAUCUGGGAUGGACCUUCACAGCUGGGGAAAGGCUCAAAGGGAAAAGGGAUAUCUUUGUGGACACCACAGAAUUCACAUUUUCGGCCGAGACGGUGGAGCAUCAAAGGAUCAUGCUGUCAUGGAAUGAAUCUGCGGGAUUCGCCGGUGGAGGCUCGUCGUCUUCGGUGGGGUUUGUGGGGGACAAGGGAAACGACGGAACCUCUGAAUCUCCAGUCUACAGGCUGGACAUCCCCGAAGACAUCGAGCUCAACGGCCACGAGUGCGAUCCAGUUACGACGCAGGAGUGGGUCGCGAAGUCGAGAGGAGAGGAGAGCAGGGGAGACGUGGUUGUGCGCUACCUGCCCGUGGAAUUCAAGAAUCUCAGGAUCACAGACGGCUUUGCAACCUCUCGCAUCAUUUUUGUAGUGAGGAUUGUGAAUGUGGGAGCGAAGGUCAUGGAUCUGCAAAGUGUGACUGCGGAGUACUGGUUCGACGGCGGCUACCAGGGAGUACCGAGGAACGCCACAGAAGAAGUUCCAUUCAAAUCCCACUGCGUGGAUGCAACGACAGGUUGCGACAAAAUGAGAACGACAGUAAAGCCCGGACUGGCGGGAGUCCAAGGAGCCAAGUACAAGGUGGAGAUGUCGUUCGCCAAAGGUGCUGGAAUUUUGAAGGCGAACCAGACCCUGGAAGGUAACAAGAAUGCAUCUAGAUCGGACCCCCCCUUCUUUGAAGCCAUCGUGAACAUAUCGUCCAACAGGAUACUGAGUCAGAUUGACGCCACCAAGGACUUCUCGUUCGCGGACACCGCGGUCGAUGACCGGCUGUCUGCCCUGCCGGACUCUUUUGUGCAACGGUUGUACGAGAACAACACGCACAUCCCCGUAUAUGUGGAAGGCAGGCUCGUGUGGGGAAGCUCGCCAGCAGCCGGAAGGCAGAAGGUCGUUCAGGCGGGCGGAUUCCAGUGCGAGAUGAGGCAGCACAAUGCGACCCAAUGUGGGCUGCGCAAGAAGUACUGCUGCAAAUCCGAGCCCUCUACUUUUGUGGUAGAACCGCCGCUUUUCGUGGAGCCCAACACGACGACCGGGACGCAAGGGCCCAGCUCAAGCGGCACUUUCCUUAUUCCCGCAAUAGGAGGCAUGGCGGGAACUUUUGUGUGCCUGGCGAUCAUUGCCUGCUGCUGUGUAAUUCGCCGACGCCGUGGCCGGCGGGCCGCUAAGCUGAGGGCAAUAGAGAAAAUGGCAAAAGAUGAAGAUGGCUACGGCAGCACCGAUGCGUUCACGAAACGCCGUGAAUCGCCAGCCUACAGCAUAGAAAGCCCUGUGGUUUGGUGGUAUGAUGAUGACCCCGGAAUGGACGACAAGGAAGUCGAGUUGGAGCGAGAGCCCCUUGUUUCCAAGGAUGUCAAGUUCCACACUGCGCCUUCUAUAUCUGGAGCCGAAUCCUGCCUGCUUUUGGACAUGACAGAAAAAGCGGAGUUCACAGACUGGAGUGCCAGGGAUAUGAAGUCCUGGAAUGGGUACAUCCACUGGAAAUGGGAAGGCAUUGACAUGUCCUUUGCCGCGGAGUCGCGCCAAGUCCGCAGGACGGCCACGCAGGCCACCGGUCCGGGCCCUCACGGCGUCCUCACACAAAACUUCCAAAACCCCUCGUCGGUGAAUUUCGGAGUCGACUACAAGAAGGAGAUCGAGCCUUUCUUGGGGACGAAGAUCGGAGAGGGAGGCUUUGGGAAGGUGUUUGAAGCCACUUGGAAGAAAGUGAAAGUUGCUGUUAAGGUCAUGAAAGUGGACAACGACGCCAUGCAGCAGACGCUGGUGGACGAAAUCAAGCUGACCAGCAGGUUCCACCACCCAAACAUCGUGAAAGUCCUGGCGGCCUGCUUCAAAGACAAGGAGAACGUCUGCCUCAUCAUGGAGCUCGUGGAGGGCGGCAACCUGUCGCAGCGCAUCCACAACCGCAACAAGAGGAAAUUGGACUACCUGGAGGUCUUGAAGCUCGGGCAUGACAUUGCCAAAGCUCUGGCUUACCUACACCCCACCGUCAUUCACCGCGACCUGAAGCCGCAGAACGUGCUCAUGGACAAGAAGGGACGCGCUAAAAUUGCAGACUUUGGCAUAUCCAAAUUCAAGGACCCUCACAAGAGCUACCUAUCGGUCACGCAGACAGGAGGGACGCCGAAUUACAUGGCACCAGAGCUAUUCAACGGCACGCGGGUGGACGAGAAGUGUGACAUAUUCUCCGUGGGGUGCAUUUUGUACGAAGCCAUCGCCCGCAAGGUGCCAUUUUCGGAUCUCCCUUACAACAACUUCGCUCCGCAGCUCUUUCAGAUAAUCAAGGCGGUCGCAAUCGACAAGAAGAGGCCCAAAAUUCCAGAGUACUGCCCACACAAGCUGGCACACCUGAUUCGCAGCUGCUGGAAGGAGAAUCCCAAGGGGAGGCCAAGCGCCGCCCAAGUGCAAGACACCAUCGAGGGGCUCAUGAAGGAGGAGAUGCGGCAGAGGAAGACGGACGCUCUGCAUGAGCGGCAAGCCAGCGGGGCCAGCAGCGUGGAAAGAAGCACAGGUGAGGAGCAUUGGGACAAUGCGCUCUUGGCUGGCAUGGUGUGA